GUCUUCAGCAUCAGCGAUUUUCAGACUCAGAAUCAAGACAGAGAAUUGGCUACUAAUAUUCCUUGUCUUCCUGCAGCAUCUUUAUAACAAUUUCAACAAAACAUGAUUCGGACUAAGGUAGAACCCAGGGUCCGUCUCCAGUAUAAGCCCCCCGUGAACAAAACCCCCUGCAACAAGGAAUCCCUGUCCAACCAGUUCCGCAUAAUGAACAUGACUCCUGCUGACAUUGUGAGGGAAGUACUACUGAACUCCCCUGACAGAUCCCCUGACCCAUCUGACCGAAUCAGUGCCCAGAACUCCAACAUGCGACAGCAGGCCAUCUCACUGGUCGAGCAGCUACAGGAGAAAUACAACAGACUGCUGAUUAAGUACAGCAAGGCGAACAACACUAUUGAUCAACUGCGUCUGAAGUUGAACCUGUACUAUGAGCCUCCAAAGCCCCACUCGUUGCAGUCACGACUGAGCCACGACUCCUCAAAGGUCACGACCCUGGACUUUCCUCGGGCUCAGAGAGCAGAGAUCAACUCAGGUUCUCCUCCUCCAAGCCCUGAUGUGGGAGAACAGAUGGCCAGGAUUCUCUACACUCAGACUGACAGCUUCCUCCAGCAGCUGCAGAACUUUGAGGAUCUCCUGAAGAGAAAAAAGCUCAAACCUUCUGAACAGAUGAAGGGUCUCUCACAGCUUAAUGAAGGGUUCAACUCUUUAGAAAGGGGCUACAUAUUUGCGAGGGACGAGCACAAACUCAUGCAGCUGAGUGGAAAAGACGUCGGCCACUUUGACCAUGGACGAGAGCUGGAAGGGCUGAUCUUCCGGUGUGAACAGCAUUUGGAGGAGCUGAAGGAGCAGGUAGAACAGAUGCGACWGGAACAGCCCACCUGUGAGGCUCCUCCCUCCCCACCUCCUCAACCCACCCCUCCAUCUGUUAGCUCAGAAGGAGGAGAAAUUCUGAGUCUCCCACAGAGCCCAACAAUGCCUCUGCUGGUGGAUCCAGGAAGAGCAGCAGAGAGGGAGGUGAGCCCAGCCAGUGAAGAGAGUGACGAUGAGGAGGCAGAGACGGACGACGAAGAACCUUUGGAUUCUCUGUAUCUCAAACCUCUGACUGGCAAACACAGACAUGUUGAACAAGACUUUGCUGCACUAACUGAUCAUUAUGGAAGCUUCCAGGAACUUCCCAGAACAUUUGAAUAUAAACUCAGGGACGAAGCUCUCCUCUCUGCUGGUUUAGGAAGCCACGAGCAGCCUGGUGACGAUGAGACAGAGAGACAGAUGAUUGGAAACAUGUAUGUACAGAGGUUAGUCAUCAGGCACAUUUGA